GCCGGCGCGGAUUAAUGACGCCGCGGCCCCAGCGUGCAGCCGGCCUCGAGUGCGGCUCGCGCUCCCCGGGCCCAACCACUGGGCGCGUGGUUAUUGUCAACAAGGAGAGCACGUCCCAAGAGGCAGCGUAGAAAUCCCAUCGCUGCCCUGAGGAGCUUCAUGGAGUAGAGUCGAAGAGAGAUCUGACUGGGUUUUGCAUGCAUGUGCCUCAUCCGUUUGGGCCCUUUCUCUUCUGCAGUCAUUGCCAGGACCAACAUGGCAGCAGUAAGCAGGAGCCUGAGCUUGUUACGGCGAGAUCUGAUCCAGCGGGUGCUCCCCACAAUCUACAAUCUACACACAACCCCCAGCCAGCACAACUCCAACAGGGCUGCCAUUGCUAACCUACAGAGACAGGUCUACGGCAGGGUCUACCCAGUUCUUGUGGUCAGGCCUGAUGGAUCGACCAUUCACAUCCGCUAUAAGGAGCCGAGGUGGAUUCUGACGCUGCCUGUAGACCUCAGCACUCUUCCUGAUGCUGAAAGAAGAGCCCGGUUAAGGAGACGUGGUCACAGCAAGCACCAAAUCAACCAGGAGAAACUGCUCAAGUAUGACAUUAAUAUGGAUCAGUACAAGAAAUUCUGGAAGAAAAAAUGAGGGCUUGUUUGGAGGAUCUGGGAAGAGGUCUGAGGAUCUGGGACUGCACUGAAGGAGACUUAACACAAUCUUUUAGGGUGAUGGUUUUUACAUGAGUAAAGAUCCUUUACCCCGUAA